GAUCCAUCCAACGGACCCAACUCAUUCGCUCUCAAAAAUUCCUCUCUCGCAUCAUCUUCUCCAUUUUCCCUUCAGACUUAAAAACUUUUAUUUUUUCUCUCCCAAAUUUCCAUGAACCUUCAGCUCUGAAUCUUUGUCUCUUCCAUUUUUACAAGCAUUAUAACUAAAGGCUGCAUGCCGAUAACAUCUAUGUUACACCUUUUUCAAGUUUCAUGGCCGGUAAUUAUUAGCUACCCAAGAACAAGACGAUUCCAGUAUUACUGAGCCAAAACUUGAAUUCAUAACAGACAUUUAUAAUAUCACUGAGCCAAAACUUUCCCAAACCUGUAACCUUGUCCUUGUACAGUCCAUUAUAGUUCUGUCCUUUCAAGUUUGAUCAUAAAACAAAAACUAUAUAUCCAUUAACCUGAAAUUCUUGAAAAGCAAGCAAUACCCACUUCAUGGCAGACUCGGACAAUGAUUCUGGAGGACCCCAUAACCCAACAAACACUUUGUCGCCUAGAGAACAAGACCGAUUCUUGCCCAUAGCCAACGUAAGCAGGAUCAUGAAAAAGGCACUUCCAGCAAACGCUAAAAUCUCCAAAGACGCUAAAGAGACUGUACAGGAAUGUGUGUCUGAGUUCAUAAGCUUUAUUACAGGAGAAGCGUCGGAUAAGUGCCAGAGAGAGAAGAGGAAGACAAUUAACGGUGACGAUCUCCUCUGGGCCAUGACUACUUUAGGAUUUGAAGAGUAUGUUGAGCCUCUGAAAGUUUACUUGCAGAGGUUCAGAGAAAUGGAAGGGGAGAAGGCAGCUGUGGGGCGUGAUAAAGACGCUCCAGGUAAUGGAGGUGGGUAUUGUGUGGACGGAUAUGGUGGGUUCCAGGGCCACGUGUACGGGUCUGGUGGUGGAUUCUACAAUCAGAUGGCCGGUGGUAUUGGGUUGGCGAAAGGUAGUGGGUCAGGCUUUAGUGGGCCUGGAUCUAGUUUGGGUAGGCCUAGUGAGCUUUAAUAAAGUGUUCAAUGUUGGCUCAAAUGGUAAGGUGCAUCAACCAUCAGAGACGCGUACAUGUGAAUUUCAUCUUACGGCUGCAGGAGGUGGUGGUGUCUAUGUACAUGUGUGUAUAUCUGAUUUUGGUGAUGGGGAAGAUGAUUGGAUCAACGGUGGAUGAUGACGACGAUUAUAAUAGGAAAUUAUAUUAUGCCUGUGCCAUUUUAAUUUAAUAUGAUCAUAUAAUAUACUGAUUUGAGAAUGUUGAUUUUUGUUGGAUUGGAAUUACUUAUUAUACAUAUAAAUGCUAUUUGGUUUGCCUUCUUUAUGCAA